AUGACGGCCCGGAACACAGCUAGCAAGUCUGGGGGAGAUCGGCCCUACAAGUGCCCCAUGUGCCCCAAGGCGUUCUUCCGUCUCGAGCACCAGACACGGCACAUCCGCACGCACACCGGCGAGAAGCCACACGCCUGUACCCAUCCUGGCUGCGGCAAGUGCUUUUCGCGUUCCGAUGAGUUGACCAGACACAUGCGAAUCCAC